GGCCCGGGCGCGCGGGAGCGGGAGCGGCCUGGGGAGCCGGAGCGCACCAUGGAGGCGGCGGCGGGCGGCCGGGGCGGCUUUCAGCCGCACCCGGGGCUGCAGAAGACGCUGGAGCAGUUCCACCUGAGCUCCAUGAGCUCGCUGGGCGGCCCGGCCGCCUUCUCGGCGCGCUGGGCGCAGGAGGCCUACAAGAAGGAGAGCGCCAAGGAGGCGGGCGCGGCCGCGGUGCCGGCGCCGGUGCCCGCGGCCGCCGAGCCUCCGCCGGUGCUGCACCUGCCCGCCAUCCAGCCGCCGCCGCCCGUGCUGCCCGGGCCCUUCUUCAUGCCGUCCGACCGCUCCACGGAGCGCUGCGAGACCGUGCUGGAGGGCGAGACCAUCUCGUGCUUCGUGGUGGGCGGCGAGAAGCGCCUGUGUCUGCCGCAGAUCCUCAACUCGGUGCUGCGCGACUUCUCGCUGCAGCAGAUCAACUCGGUGUGCGACGAGCUGCACAUCUACUGCUCGCGCUGCACGGCCGACCAGCUGGAGAUCCUCAAAGUCAUGGGCAUCCUGCCCUUCUCGGCGCCCUCGUGCGGGCUCAUCACCAAGACGGACGCCGAGCGCCUGUGCAACGCGCUGCUCUACGGCGGCGCCUACCCGCCGCCCUGCAAGCAGGAGCUGGCCGCCAGCCUGGCGCUGGGCCUGGAGCGCAGCGAGCGCAGCGUGCGCGUGUACCACGAGUGCUUCGGCAAGUGCAAGGGACUGCUGGUCCCCGAGCUGUACAGCAGCCCGAGCGCCGCCUGCAUCCAGUGCCUGGACUGCUCUCUCCUGUACCCACCGCAUAAGUUCGUGGUGCACUCGCACAAGGCCCUGGAGAACCGGACCUGCCACUGGGGCUUCGACUCGGCCAACUGGCGGGCCUACAUCCUGCUGAGCCAGGACUACACCGGCAAGGAGGAGCAGGCGCGCCUCGGCAGAUGCCUGGACGACGUCAAGGAGAAGUUCGACUACGGCAACAAGUACAAGAGGCGGGCGCCCCGGGUCUCCGAGCCCCCGGCCUCCAUCAGGAAAGCAGACGACGCCCCCUCCCAGCACCCCACGUCCUCUGAGAAGGAAAAGCAGCCGGGUUGGCUGCGGACCCUGGCCGGCUCCUCCAGCAAGAGCCUGGGCUGCGUCCACCCUCGCCAGCGCCUCUCCGCCUUCCGUCCCUGGUCCCCUGCCGUUUCUGCGAGCGACAAAGAGCUCUCCCCGCACCUCCCGGCCCUGAUUCGAGACAGCUUUUACUCCUACAAGAGCUUCGAGGCAGGUGUGGCGCCCAACGUGGCCCUGGCACCGCCCGCCCAGCACAAGGUGAGCAGCCCGCCGUGCACCACGGUCGUCUCCCGGGCCCCCGAGCCUCUGGCCACCUGUAUCCAGCCUCGGAAGCGGAAGCUGACCUUGGACACCGCGGGAGCCUCGGAGACACCAGCGCCCGCGGCCGCCCCAGAGGAUGACAAGGACUCGGAGGCCGAGGUGGAGGUGGAAAGCAGAGAGGAGUUCACCUCCUCCCUGUCCUCGCUCUCUUCUCCGUCCUUUACCUCAUCCAGCUCGGCCAAGGACCUGAGCUCCCCCGGCGUGCUCGCCCCGCCCGCGGCUCCCCCCGCCCCCGAUGCCACGGCCGCCGCCGACGCCCCCAGCAGCGGGCUGGAGGCAGAGCUGGAGCACCUGCGGCAGGCCUUGGAGGGCGGCCUGGACACCAAGGAAGCCAAAGAGAAGUUCCUGCACGAGGUGGUGAAGAUGCGCGUGAAGCAGGAGGAGAAGCUGAGCGCUGCGUUGCAGGCCAAGCGCAGCCUCCACCAGGAGCUGGAGUUUCUGCGCGUGGCCAAGAAGGAGAAGCUGCGGGAAGCCACGGAGGCGAAGCGCAGCCUCAGGAAGGAGAUCGAGCGCCUGCGAGCCGAGAACGAGAAGAAGAUGAAGGAGGCCAACGAGGCACGGCUGCGCCUGAAGCGGGAGCUGGAGCAGGCGCGGCAGGCGCGGGUCUGCGACAAGGGCUGUGAGGCCGGCCGCCUGCGCGCCAAGUACUCGGCUCAGAUCGAGGACCUGCAGGUGAAGCUGCAGCACGCGGAGGCCGAUCGCGAGCAGCUGCGGGCCGACCUGCUGCGGGAGCGGGAGGCCCGGGAGCACUUGGAGAAGGUGGUGAAGGGGCUGCAGGAGCAGCUGUGGCCGCGGCCCCACAACGAGGCCCCGGGCAGCGAGAACACGGCGGAGCUGGAGCCCUAGCUGGACCCCACUGUCUGCUGUCGUGCGUGUGCCCGCACGCACAGACCCCGUGGGAGGGGUGGGUGGCAAGGCGGCCAGCCCGCUGGGGGGCUCAGUGCCGGGCGGGGCCUGCCGCCUCUCCAGUCCGAAUAGCACAACGUCUUACUGUGCCUACAGCCAAGCAAGUGUUUGGAAUCCACUGCAAAAUUUUCUACUGGCCAAGUUCGAGUGAGCAAGCCGGUCCCCAGCUGCGGCAGCCGGAGCGGAGGCCAGCUCGGUGGCUGCGGCUGGCCCCCUGCUUGCCAGAACAUUCUAACAUUUACACUUUUGUUAUAAGCUAUUUAAAACCAGUAAGGAGACUUGAUAUUCAAAAAAAUCAACACGUUUUUUAAUGACUAAUUUUAAAAGCCCCACCCCCACGUUACACCACCUGAGGACCCGCAAGGGCGCUGGGGUGGCCCGCCCUGCCCCUCGAAGCCAUCACAGCUCCUCUGCGCCUGCGGCUGCAUCAGAACACGAAGGGUUUUUCUCCAGAGUCUAUUUUUUCAGCGACAAGGACCCAAGUCUCCCGUGCUGCCGCCGCCAGGGCCGCGGGAGCGCCGCGCACGCAGGCCGAGCUGGACACUGCCGCCUUACGCCGCCCGGCCCCGCGCCGUCAGCAGGUGCGUUUGGAAGAGCCGCGCCUGAGGGUGUCUUCGUGGGAGGUGACGGGCGCAGGUCCGCGCUGGCCGGGCGCACGCCCCACCGCCACGGCGGCCCUUCUCUGUUUGGCACACGUCGCUCCUUCUGUUUGGGGACCGAGGCUGCAGCAUUGGAACAAAACAGCAUUAUUUCACGUUUUCUUUUUCUUUUUGUUCGUUCGUUCAUUUAAACGUAUAUUUAGAACUGCACUUUGUCAGAAACCUUCCCUUCUCUUUUUAUCGCCCAGCUAACUGAGGUUUUUAUUUUCAGAUACUGCAGACUGAUUUCUAGAGCAUUCACUCCAAAGUGCUGAGUGUUUAGAAACCCCUCUGGUGCUUGGUUGAACAAGGGAAUCACACGAAAACGAAAAUGCAAAAACUGAACUUCGGGGGGUAGUUCUGUGCCUUCCAGCAUCUUGUACAGCAAACCCUGACUCGUCUUUUUACCCCCAAACUACGUUUCCCGUAGCGAUCGAAUCUGCCACUAUCAAAAUGGGUUCCUUGCAGUUAUUCCAAAUAAUCUCGUUUACUCUCAGCUGUAUGCGAAUCGUGUAAGGUUUCUUAUGCCCCAGCUUGAAAAAUGACUUCCCGGUAGACAGGCGGCUGCCCAUCCUGAAAUGGUGGUAUUUAUUUACAUAGAAAGAUCUCACCAGAGCUCGUUGCCUGACUCCAUUCUGACACCGCGGCAGCUGCCGGGAGGCGGAGGUUGCCGGGGCCCGGCGGCCGCGCAAGGUGGUGACAUGCUUGGUCUCGGAGUCUGCUGGGUUUGCCCUUGGUUUACUGGGGGGGGGGGGGCCGGUGCUGCUGGACCCCUUCUAAAGUGCAAUGCAAAAGGGACGUCGUGUAUAUGCAGCGUUUGUUGUUUUUUAUUUUUAUUUUUUGCUUUUGUUUUUCUUUGCAGUUAUUAAAUCUGUAUGCAUGGAAUUUAAAACCUCUGCCAAUCGUACAUCCACCCAUGGGCAUUAAUCACCGUGUCGCGUAGAGGGUCAGUUGAGUCACGCAACACUCAGAACGCUGUGUUUAGCCUUGUCUUUCCAGAGGUGUGUUUUUCAGUCAUUUCUUCAAGGAAAACGAAAUGAUUGAGCCGGAGCAAAGCUUUGAGUGUGUCAGUGUGUCUGUGCGGCUGUGCUGUUGCCAAGUCUGAAAAUCUAGUGAGCUCCUGGGCACCUGGGACCUCUGGCCCGCGGCCGCCUGGUUUGCUCCGUUGACUUUCGAGUUCCCAGGCUCCGAGGGAGAGGCAGUUCUCCGGGGGGUGUGGGGGCACCGUCCCCUCCGGUCACCCGUCCGGUCCGUCUCGGCCGUCGAGUCCAUGCCGCCACCGUCCAGCUUUGUCCCCAGCCAUCGGGAAGGGCUGGAGGCGCAGCAGGGUCUCGGGCCCCGGGAAGGCCUUGGCCCACCCGGGCCACCCCGAGGGCCCCCGGGCGAGGCCAGGGCGUGGGGCUGGCGGGCGGCAGGGCCCUGGGGCCCCGCGCUGCAGCUGCACCCGAGUUUCUCUGCGAAGGGAGGAGACCUCUCGUAGGUGGUCGCCGCUCCCUGUGUGUGAGGCCCAUCAUCGAAAUGAUUGUGUAUUCAGUUUAAUCACUCAUUAUUUCUCCGCCGAAAGAAGAUGUUUAACGAAGGGAAAAACCAACAACAGCAAUAACAUUCACGUCUCCGGAGCAGCUAACUCACUCACACGUCUUCUGCUUUCCGUGCGGAACUAGCGAUGUAAAAACCGACCGUGUAAAUACGCCCCCUUUCCACCCUGCGUCCUGCGUGUAUGUGGUGGUUCCUUCUCCAGGACUCGCUUCUCACCGGGUAGCUCGUCUCGUUUUCGGGGUUGUUUUUAGCUGAGGAAGAACAGCCCGCCCGCCCGCCCGGCUCGGGAGGCGGCUUGUUCUUGCUUUAAGUCAGGAGUCAACAAAGAACCCUUUUUGUUCCAUUAAGGAAAAAACCACGGCUCUCCCCUCGCCCCGCCAGGAGCGUCUGCAUCGCCGACCCCUUCUCUCCUUUGCUGCUGCUAAUGACGAUAUGACUUACUCUACUAUUGGAAAACUAUUUUUAUGUAAUUAAUGUAUGCUUUCUUGUUUAUAAAUGCCUGAUUUAAAAAGAAAAAAGAAAAAGCUUGGCAUAUUUAUCUA